CUGCUGCCACCGUGCCAAACCCCCCCCUGCUAGCCUGCCCUGCGCUGCACGCCUGCCUGCCAGCCUGCCACCGACAUCUCAAUUUGCCCGCCGUUAAUCAGCGUCAACGCUCUCACCUAGCCAGCCUGCUAGCCAGCAAACUAACUCCUCAGCUUACUUUUCUCUGCUCACCUCCCACACUCACACCCACCUACACACACCCUCCUGCCAACCGCCUCUUCUUGUCUCUCUUCGUCUGUCUGCCCUCUCUCUCCUCCACACGGUCGCUACCACGCCCCCAUUACCACAUUCGCUGCUGUCCCGACAAUCGAGCCCGCCUGCUUCCGUCACCUCCGACCCGUCACUGAAACUCGCACGCUUCCCGUUUAGCCAGUCCUCCUACUUCUUCUACUUCUUCUUUCCUGAGCACCCCCACUCGUCGCCUUCCUCGCUCUUCUGCUUCUGCAUCUGCAUUUUCUUUUGCACCUUAGCUGCCUUGCCGCCUUUUCUUUUCAAAACCAUGAGCCAAUAGACUGUCGCCCACUCCCCGCAGCUACCUACCCAAUCUACCUUGCCCACGAGGUACCGAGGACUGCUUAGACACUGUCGACCCCAUUCGGCCUUGUCCAAAUCUCCUUUCCUUCCUCAGCAUGCAGGCCGUAGCUUCCGCCCUCCGCGGUCACGAUGUCUUCCACGCACCGCGUGGCCGCAACCGCGCUGUCUCGGAGCUGGUCCCCCCGACCCAAGAGCGCAAGCCAGAACCUCCCCCGCUCCCCAAAGCCGCCUCCUACACCUAUUUCCCCCGCGUCAAGGAAAUCGACGAUACACAGGUUGUUGGUGUGCAAGGCACCAUCUCCGAGGAAGAGCUCAAGGCCGACGUCAGCGCCGACGCCUCGUAUGCAUCGUCAGAUGGGUCUAGUCACGAUUCAGAUGACCCUCCGCCAGUGGAAAUGUCGCAGUCGAGACAUGACAACCCCCGUCGCUCUUCCACCUUCAACAUCUUCUCCAGCAAGAGUCGCGACCCUUCCACCGAACCCAAAUCCGAUCGAAGCCGCACAGACAACCUGAAGCAGACCGAUUCAUCGGCUUCGAGAUCGCCCGUCCGAUCCCUGACACGUUUGCGAAGAAAGAGCUGGAUCUCGUCCCCGUCUUCGCGUUCCACCUCUCCUACCAAGGAUGCGCAGACUCCCAAAAAGGGCGAAUCUCCGCGUAACUCGUCGCAGAACCGCAAGUCCAUCAUAGGUCCUUUGAGCAUCCCCGAAAAGGCAAAAACCAAAGACGACACAAACAGCCCGACUAUGCAGAAGAGGGGCGUCCUGGCUAAGAGAGCAAACAGGCUUAGCGGCAUUUUCAAUUCCGCACAUGUUGAACAGCCGGCCACUCUAACCGCUGAAGCACCCGCAGUCCCUCCUCUACCCAAAUCUUUCUCUACAGACAAGCUUCCUACUUAUGUUCAAUCUCCGACAAGUGCAAGUCAUGUUCCUCCUUUGCCACGCAAUAUAUCCACCGACAAGAUCAAGGGCUCUAAGACGGAGCCACGCAAGAAAGACGAGCUUUGGACCGUGUUUCGGACGCUCGAGGGCGACCUUCGAAAAUUCCAGUCAAAGUCGAGUGCUUUCAAAGCCAACGCCGUACGAACCACCCUCCUUCCAUUCCUUCGCUCAUACGCCAUCCAUGCAUCGAGCCAGAAGCUUCGUCCGGAGGAUUUGGACCGUCGUGCGAAUAUCUUGAAUGGAUGGUGGACCGGCCUCUUGGAGCUUCUAUCGGGUCGCAACAAUCAAUCUAUAUCGGGGACCGAUCGGCCUGCCAUUUUAGAGGGAAUCACGGGGAUAAUGGAGAGGCCAGAAUGGCGAUCUUCUCCGUCGCCCUUCUGCGCUCUCGUCGACCGCACCGAGACGAACUCUACCACCUCCAAUUCUUCCAGCUCGUCCGACUUCCUUGCCGAGUCCGUCUAUCACAAUGUUCGCAACAUCUUCACGCAAAACCUUUUGUCGCAGAUGACUUUUGUUGUGGAUAAGAUGUCGCUCCGUAACGCAGCCGCCAGUCUGGUAACCUUUUGCGGGAAAACUUGUGCCUACGCAUUCUGUUUCUGCCCUGGAGUUGCCGAUAUCCUGGUCCGGUUGUGGAAUCUCUCGCCAGAUCUUAUGAAGCGUGUGUUGGCAGAAUCGGGUGUCACAAGAGCCAAUGGGCCCGAGUUGGUAUCUGAACAUAUCACCGCGGCCUUUCCACCACUGUUGCACUCGCUCAAGCUCGAGUCCAUUGCCAAAAUGGUCCGCCUCUUACGCCGACCCGCGACUUUACCAUUGGGAACUGCGAAUGUUGACUGGUAUGGUGCCUGGAUCAAGCGCUGGUCAGGCGCCGAAAGUGACUUGUUCUACGUCUUUGUCAAGCAUUAUCAUAUCAUUGUUUCUGAAUUUUUGCCGCGAGAACCGAGCAGUCUCGAGCGCAUCUGCGUUCCUGGUCUUCUCAUGGUACACGCACAGAUUUUGAUGAAUUUGGAUGCAACAAUACAUCGGCAUGCCACGCCUCAAUUGAUGGACGACGCGAGUAAUAGCACAAGCUCUGUUACAUUUGAUGAUGUAUUGGGUGACCCAGACGCGUCAGCAAACACCGUGCCUAUACCUCCCGCGAAUGCCACCCGACUGAUGGCUGAGAAUCGUCUCAUUAUGUUGAUCCGAGAUUUCCUGUCUGAUCGAAACUCUCACAUCGCAUCUGCACGACGUAUCUUUGCACAGAGCUUUGCCUGCCUGUUGAAAGCCGCAGCCCAAAGAGUGUCAAUCUAUGAGAACAACUCCUGUUACACUCUUUGCGACUUCCUCGAGGAAGCCUUUGUGAUCAUCGUUCGCUAUGAGCAGCUUUAUGAAUACAAGGAAACAGUUCUUGAUUGGCCGUUUUGGCUUUCUGUAUGCAAGCAAAUGGCUGCAAGUGAGAACACGGCGACAGAAAUCAAGCUGUUCUCUUUCCUCUACAGCAGCUGGUCCAUUAUCGGUAACAACGAGCAACGAAAGGAAAGCCUUUGUGUCGACUUUCUCCUGGAACCCGAGUUCUUCGAGAGCAGAUUCAAUCACUGGUGUCCAAUGGUUAGGUCAUACUUUAUGCGUCUUCUCUGCUGGAGAGUUGCUCGCUUCGAUGGCGAAGAGUCUGAUGCUCAGCUAAAUAUUCUGCGAACUUUCAGUGACCGUCUUCGCUCGGUCUGGUCUCAUUAUCUUUGGCUUCGCGAUGAUGCCGAACAGAAAGGAGUCUUCCCACCUUCUACCCAGGCAUGCAAUCCUGCUCCUGCUCGACGUUUCCUUAUCAUUCGCAAUGAUAAUCCUAUAAUUACCAACGCUCAACCAUUUCUAUCCUUCGACGGCGUCGUUCAAUCACCAGCUCCCAGGCGGCUAUCAUCUACCACCAGUCCCCCCGAGCGACCCGUUUCCACAGCUUCCGCGGAGUCACUCGAUUUCCCAGAGGAGAGUGCUCCCAAAGGUCGUUGGAGCCUUUUGAAAAGCUUCAUUCCAGGGGCUCAAAAACCAACAAAAGCCAAAAGCUCGGACUCCCUUGCAAGCAAGGAGAACGCAAAGACUCCAGGGAACAGCCCGCAGAAGGACAAGGCAGACGUCAGCACUGUUCCCAGCCCUGCUGUCAACGAGACACCCGUUCCAACUUUCACACACAAGAGUUACAGCUUCCGUUUCUCCUUAGAAUGGGUGGACAAACGCUUUGGCACAUACCAGAAUAUGCGGCUCUCUCCACCCCGCCUUCCUUUGCCUGCGCAAGUGCUGCUGCAGUCGAAAGGAAUCAAUACUGAGCUUGUCAAAAGCUCGCAGCCAACCGGGUCAGCAGAUCGCUCCAGUCGGUAUGCAGGCCGAGCACUCGCUGAGUGGACUUUCAUUUCACACGAAUGCCAAAACUUCUUUGAUCGCCGGAAGAACGAGGGUGUCCCAUCCAACAAGCAGGUCGAAACUCCGACCCUGGCGGUGGAAGCCUUCAGACGCCCUGGUUGA